AUAGCAUGAUCCCUCACAGGGAGGGGAAGGAAACCAUUGGCAGCUAUAUAAUUACAGGAAUGUGACUAUACGCAGCCAGUCGAUAAAAACCCAGAGGUGGAAUUUGGGAAGCUUCUCCUUGGAAGGUUGAAUUUGGGAGUCCUUCGGUGUCCUGUGCUCUUGGUCCAUUUCGUCCACCAUCCAGACAUGACUUGGUGGGUCCUCCUCCCCAUCACCCUCUCUACUGUGACCUUCGUCGGCUCCUGGGCUGUAUAUGGCCUGGCUGUGUUUCAUAAACAUGUGUGCCCCCUUAGCAACUGGGAUUACAAGAACUCCUGUGACUCCAAUAACUCAGAAGCAUGCUGUAAUGUUCCCACCAUAAGCACCAGUGGAAGAAGUGCACCAGAAAACUCUCUGUUCACGGCCAUUACAAAUGCAGGCUCCUUCCUGUUCCUGGUGUUUGCUGUCUGCCACCACGCCCACAUUAUGGAGCGGAACCACGGCCAGGCCCUCCUCAGCAAGGUGGCCCUGGCCUUCGGCUGCGUGGUGGCCGGCGGGGCCUUCAUGGCGGGGAACUGCAACCCAGGAUACCUGAUGACGCUGCACUACCUGGGAGCGGCGAUCAGCUUUGUGUGCCUGUGUUUCUACAGCCUGCUGCUGACCCUGCUGACCAGCAGGUGCACCCUCAGCGGCCUGGAGUUCCUGCUCUACCCCGCGCGCAUCAUCUUCACUAUCAUCCAGGUCAUAGCCACCAUCUGCUACUGUGCCUUUUUUGCCAAGGACGAACACUUCUACAACCACCUAUCCGCUGUUUUCGAGUGGAUUCUAAGUGCCAAUAUGGAGCUCUUCGAACUCAGUUUUGUUGUGGAGUUUUACAUUUUUUCAUCAUCCAUGUUGUCAGUACUGUUGGAGAAAAAAGAUGAAGAAAAGUCUUUCAUUUUGUCCUGAUACACUCCAACUUGAGUUUAAAAAAAUUUUUUUUACAAACUUAAUUCUGAAAGUCAUUUAUGCUGAAAGUACUUGAAAGCACUUAA